AUGGAAGAAAGAUUCGAGUGGGUACAAAUUAUCGAGCCAAAAUCCAAGGACAUCAUGUAUGCCAAUCUUGUUACUGGUGAAUGUGUUUGGCAGGCGCCAUUAGGUGCCAAAAUUAAACGAACGGAUGAAAAUCAAUGGUGGGAAUUGUAUGAUGUCACUACCAAACGAAACUAUUAUUAUAAUGCUCAAAGUCAACGAACGAUUUGGCAACGACCGAGCAAUGCAGAUAUUAUCCCAUUGGCAAAACUCCAGAUGAUCAAAGAAAAUAGCGAUGUGAAGGAUGACCAAACAAUCAUUAGUGCGAAAACAUCAACUGGUAAUCAUACGGCUGAACAAUUAAGUCCACCAAAUAAUACAUCAUCGCUGAGAAAUAAUAAACGGAAACAAAUAUCAUUACAAGGUCUCCAUAUCAUACCGCAUGUAGCAAAGCUUAAAAUAUCUUCACCUACAUACCAUUCAACAACGCAACAACGACCAUUACGUCGAACAGAAACUCAACAUUGCUCGCAUACAAUGAACAAUCAUUUGACAUCAUCGAUGAAAUUUCAACCGAUUAAAAAUGACAAAUCAACUUAUGAUAAUCUAGGCAAUUCAAUACAAUGUUCGUUAAAAAAGAAAAGCAAUCAACAUUAUGACAAUUAUCCAAUUCUCUCUCAACCUCAACCUCAUGUACUCGAUCAAUCUUUGUAUGCGGCUAAACGUUCUCAAAGUAUUCAUUUGAAAUCUUCGCAUCCUCAAUCGAUUUCAAACAAUGACACACAUGUUUUUCGUCACAUUAGCACACCAUCGUUAGAAUUCUUGCACAACAGUAGCAAUCAAUUAAAAUUAUCUCGCUCGUCAUUUGGACGAACGAACAUUCGAAAAAAGCCUCCGCGAACCAAUCCCAACUAUGUGAAUAUCCAAGUUCAAACUGACGAAGGUUCACUUCGCAGUCGAUACAUUCGCAUUGACGAACCAGCAAAAUCAGCGACAUUUUCAUCAUCAUCAUCGUCGUCGUCGUCAUCGAAUAGUUCAUCUGAACAUGGUUCGAUUCUAUGUAAUUCCCAAACUCAUCUUCACAAUUCAAAUGGAUCUUUUCCAAGUGACGAAACGAUCAGCAUGGAAAAACCGAAAUCGAAACAAAAGAAUGAGCUCCAUUAUAGUUCGAUUGAUCAGACGAAUAGAAAAGAUUCAACAAAGAAACAAUUCGUAACAUGCACAAAUGAAUUUGUAUUUCAUUCGACGACUGAUCCAUUGAGUUUGAAUUUUCAAACAAUGAAUAACAGUGAGAAGAAAUUCAAUCAGAAUAUAUCUUCAUCGAUUCUACCUAUGUUUCACGACCCUCGCUCGAAUUGUUCUCAAACUAUCAAUCGAAUUCAUGAAUCUUCGCCGAAUUUAACUCGAUCAAUCUCGAAUCACUUGAAUGGACUAUGUACAAAUCGCAAGAACACAUCUACAUCCUUCCGAAAACAAUGGGUGUCAUCAUCCCUUUCAACGAAAUCUCCGUUAACCAUCACCGAUAUCGAAGCUGACAUUCUCUUUCAUGAUAUAUUGAAUCUAAACAUUCACAAACGAACCUUCUUUGGUAAACGUUCCACUCAGGAGAAUUUAUUAUCAUGGUCCAAAGACACGUUAACCAAACCAUUACUACGUACGAUGGAUAAAAUCUUGAAAAAGGAAGCUCCAGACAUAUUUAAACUCAUUCAAACCUAUAUGGGCGAUAGGAAGUCGAAACAAGGUGCAUCGUUGAAUACGUGCUUAGAACUAACGACGAAAGGAUGGAGUUUGCCAUCGAUACGCGAUGAGCUUUUCUUACAAAUAAUAAAACAGAUAACUGCUAAUUAUAAUGCAGAGAGUCUUCAACGUGGUUGGGAAUUAAUGGCAAUUUGUCUUUCAUUUUUUCCACCAUCAAAUAAGUUUCAAGCACUAAUUGAACGGUAUGUGUCAUCGCAAAUGAAUGGAAGUUCUGAUACACCCGAAGUGCCGAUAUCCAUCUAUGCAAAAGUUUGCCAAAAACGUUUAGAAAAGAUUCUUUUGACUGGCCCGAAGAAAGGUUUGAAGAAACCGAGUUAUGAAGAAAUUGAACUCUCGAAACAUACGAUUCAUUUUCCUUCGAUGUUCGGUACCAGUCUGGAAGAAGUCAUGGCAAUGCAAAGAACACGAUAUCCUGAACGACGUCUACCAUGGAUUCAAACAAUCUUGUCUGAAGAAGUUUUGAGGCUGAACGGUGCGAACACCGAAGGCAUAUUCCGAGUGCCCGGUGAUUUAGACGCUGUUAAUGCUUUGAAAGUUAGAUGCGACCAAUGGCAAUUUCCUUUACUCGAAGAUGCUCAUCUUCCCGCAUCAUUACUCAAGUUCUGGUAUAGAGAAUUAGCUGAACCAUUGAUCCCAUCGGCAUUUUACGAGCAGUGUAUAAUGAACUGUGAUAAAGUUGAACCGUGUAUACGUCUCGUUCAUUCAUUACCGGAAAUCAAUCGAAUAGUUUUGACUUAUCUGAUUCAUUUUCUUCAGAUUUUUGCUGCAUCAGAAAAUGUCGUUUUGACUAAAAUGGAUGUCAACAAUCUGUCGAUGGUGUUCGCACCGAACAUUCUUCGGUGUGAUUCCGAAGAUGCGAAAGUUAUUUUCGAAAACGCCCGAAAAGAAAUGUUAUUUAUUAAAAUUCUCAUACUCAAUCUGGACACAAACUCAAUUGAUGGAGUUAUUUAA